AUGCAAACUUUGUACAAAAAAGAGAGUCGUAUAAACGGUAUGAAGAAUUUUUCCACCACUUGGAUUCAUCCAGGUUCAGAAUCUGUGAAAAAACAUGCUGUUCAAGGGCACACAAACAGUAUAGCUCACAUGGAGGCCAAGCAAAUCGAGGACAAGAGCAAAAUGGAAAUUGAAGUGUAUAUGAAUCGGGUAGUGGAUGUAACACCUAUCGGUCAGAACUUUAAAAACAUGUGCAUGAGCGUGAAAGAUCGAGAGUCUUUAAGAAUUAAAUUUAAUUCAGCCUACUAUCUCACAAAGCAAGAGAGGCCUUUCUCCGAUUUUUCCGAACUGUUGAAACUUCAAUCCAAAAAUAAAGUUUUGAAUAUUGGAGAAAGUUACACCACUGAUCGAGCAGCAGCCCAAUUUGUCAAUGUCAUAGAAGAAGUAACCAGAGAAAGUUUAGAAGCUGAUUUAGCAAAAGCAUGUUAUUACUCCAUUUUGAGUGACGGCAGCACUGAUGUUAGCACGACUGAACAGAAAUUAGUGUAUGUUUUAUUCCUUCAAGAUGGAACACCUGUCGUCAAAUUUGCAGGUGUUGAAUCGGCUACAACAGCUGAUGCUGAAGGAAUAUUACGUGCAAUUGAGAGUUCCUUCAGUCGACUUGUUAUUUCUCGCUUUCCUGACUGCCUUGUUGGUCUCGACGUGGACGGAGCAAGUGUUAAUAUGGGCAUACACGCUGGCCUUGGUGCAAAAGUUCGUGAAACUGCACUUUGGCUUGUUUUGGUUCACUGCUUUAAUCAUUGUAUUGAACUUGCGUUGACAGAUGUUUUUGAUGCAUCAGCAUUUUCAAAAAUUGAUCAGAUGCUCCAAGUACUUCAUGCGCUUUACAAUGCCAGUCCAAAACGCUAUAGUGAACUAAAGCAAUUAGCAGAAGCUUGGCAAACAUCUAUUCCAAAACCAACAAAGGAAACUGGCACUCGCUGGAUAGAACACAAAGUCAACGCAAUCAAAAUAGCUUUAGAAAAUUACUGGGCGUUUCUUAGUCAUAUUGAAUCACUUUUUCAAACCGAUUCAAAUCCAACCAAGCAAGCGGAAUUGAAAGGGUAUAUGUACAAAUGGAAAGAUGCUACAUUUCCAAUUUACCUGGCAAUCUAUUUGGAUAUCCUUUCUCCCAUACGUCGCUUAAGUUUGGGUUUUCAGCAAGAAUUGCACGAUCCAGUUAAAGCGGUUCAUAGAAUUAAGGAGUUUUCCUGGUCCAUGAUGAAAUUACGUGCCUUAAUAGAGAAGUCCCUCAACGAUCCCACUAGCAAGCUCACUCAUUACAAACAACUUAUCGCUGAACUUGAAACCAACGAAAAGGAGGAAACAGCUUAUCAAGGUAUUCCACUAGCUAGAUUCAAUUUUGUAAAUGAUGAUGUUGCAAACCAGUAUUCUGAAACAAUAACUCAAAUCCUCUCGAGCAUGGAGAAGCGGUUUCAAGAUUUGAAUGCAUCCCCAGUUUUCGGUGAUAUCACAUCAAUUUUGGACGUUUCAGUCUGGCCCAAGGAAUUGAAUGAUGACAUUUCAUUUGGUGAUAAUGCUGUGAGUAAGUUGCUUGAUUUUUUUAAGAUUCUUUUGGAGAAAAAUGGUUGUAAAGUUGACGAAGCAUUGUUAGAGUGGGACACUCUGAAAACAAUUGUUCAACCGUUCUUAAACAGUACGGAAGUUAAGUAUUUCGAAGUCUGGAAACGCAUUUUGACGAAUAUUCCCUACUAUAUGGAAAAAGGCUAUGUCAUCCCCCUACCAAAAAUUGGCCAUAAAAAUUUUAAUAAAGAUUUGAGGCCAAUUUUUCUCACGCCUACCUUAUUGAAAAUCGCUGAAGAGUUUGUCAUGCAAGAGCAUGUGAAACCUUGUCAUCUUGAAGAAAAUUCGAUCCGACCAGUUUGGUUGUGUUCCGCAUUCAUCGACUACACACGCUCUGAUAUACCUAACUCAUCAUUGGCUGGAAGCAACUGA